AGGGCUGCCAUUGAAAUGUACAUGCUUGCUUUUGUAGGAAUGGAAAGCACUGGAGUGCACGAGACCACCUACAACUCUAUCAUGAAGUGUGAUGUGGACAUCAGGAAAGACCUGUAUGCCAACACUGUUCUCUCAGGUGGAACCACCAUGUUCCCUGGCAUCGCUGAUAGAAUGCAGAAGGAGAUCAGUGGCUUGGCACCCCCUACUAUGAAGAUUAAGAUCAUCGCCCCUCCCGAGCGUAAAUACUCUGUGUGGAUUGGCGGUUCCAUCCUGGCCUCUCUCUCCACCUUCCAACAGAUGUGGAUUUCCAAGCAGGAAUACGAGGAAUCCGGCCCGUCUAUCGUCCACCGCAAAUGUUUCUAAAGCCUUGACUCUUAACCUCUGUUACUCCUUUCAGGGAGUCUGUUAUUUAAGAUGGCUCUCCUGUCCAGAAGCCAACACCUUGCCCCUAUCCCCUAAGCAUUUGUGUGGCUCUAAAAUGAUCAGAUGAGUAGGAGUGACUUCCACUUAUCCUAACCGGUAGAGAUAAAGCCAUAUUGUUUCAAUUCUACAUGGUGUCCUGGGGGGGAGUGACAGGGUGGUUUCUGGGUAGGCUCAGUGUUAGGGUUGUGACAUUCUGCCUUGUGUUGUAUUAGUCUUGUAUGUAACAUCUGCUACUGGGCCAUUGAAUAAACGUUCACUGUAAUGUGA